AUGAUCGAACAAGAAAUCUUCGCCUCCAUAGAGCGAUGCCCCAUGUACUCCUCCUUCUUCGCAGCAAUGGGCAUCGCAUUCGCCAUCAUAUUCACCACAUUCGGCGCCGCCUACGGAACCGCAAAGUCCUCUAUCGCCAUUUUCUCAUGCGGCGUCCUCCGACCGGAUCGACUAAUGCAGAACACUCUAUGUUCAAUCAUGGCCCAGAUCCUAUCUAUCUACGGGCUCGUCGCUGCAGUCAUCAUGUCUAAUACGGUCAAGGAGAAAAUGCCGGCGCACACGGGGUUUCUGCAGCUCGGUGCUGGGAUGGCGGUUGGGUUGUGCGGGUUGGCUGCCGGGUUUGCGAUUGGUAUUAUUGGAGAUGCUGGUGUGCGAGCGAGCACCCAACAACCCCGUCUAUAUGUAGGAAUGGUUCUCAUCCUCAUCUUCGCUGAAGUCCUCGGCCUGUACGGCGUAAUCGUCUCGAUUCUGAUGAUCACAAAGUCCAACGAAGACGUCACCGUGUGCAAAUACUAA